CGUGGGCUGCGGGUGAAGCGGGUAUUCUGUUGAUGACGGCCUCGAUGUCGUUGUUGCACAGAUUCUCGGCCACGCCAUAGGAAAUGCAGAGCAAAAGAUCGCCCUCAUAGGCCGGGAGACGAGGCUCUGUAGCACCCUUGCGCCCUCGGCGAGGUAGGUCAGGUCGCCAGUGUUCAUGUUCUUGAGAAGGUCGGUGUUCGGCCGCAGGGGGGCCGCUGGGAGGGAUGACGGGUAGCGGCGCAUUCAGCUUCACCACUUGCGCUGCGCCUGCUUGCACCACGCCUUGUCUACCAUCUUCUCCAUCAGCUCUUCCUGCGCGUAGUCAUCUGGCGUCUUCUCUACGGCAUUCAUGAUGACAUGGACAGCCAUGCUGGUGCCCUGGUAGGUGACCACCCCGGCGGCCUGUGGGUUGGAGGCACGCUUCUUGCGUGGCAGGGGGGUGGGGAGCUGCCGCGGCGAACCCGUUGAGCGAGAGUGGCUGCCAGAUGUGGUGGUAGUACUGAGAGAGAGACACCGCAUACGGGGAGAGAGGGGAC